UAAGUAGAACAUUUCACUACUUUAUCUUCUAGGUAGAGAAAUAGCUAUUUCAGGGUUAACUCUUGGUAGAAAGUGAUACACUUUUGAUUUAUGGAGUGUUGAUGAGUUUUAACUUGGGGAACCUGAUUGCAGUAUUAGCAAAAUUGGAGCUAUCAUCUGUAAUCUUUGAAUCAUGCUUUGGCCUUCUGACAGGCAGUGUGGAAGACGCUGAAGGUCGUUCUCUUCAGAAUGAUUCCCUGCAGAGCAGCGCUGACUUUUGCCCGGUGUCUGAUCCGGAGGAAAAUCGUGACUCUGGACAGUCUAGAAGAGUCCAAGCUGUGCCGCUGUCUAUCCACCAUGGACCUCAUCGCCCUGGGGGUUGGAAGCACUCUUGGUGCCGGGGUGUAUGUCCUUGCAGGGGAAGUCGCCAAAGCAGACUCCGGCCCCAGCAUCGUUGUUUCCUUCCUCAUUGCUGCCCUGGCGUCUGUGAUGGCCGGCCUUUGCUAUGCUGAGUUUGGGGCCCGAGUUCCCAAGACAGGAUCUGCAUAUUUGUACACUUAUGUUACUGUUGGAGAGCUGUGGGCCUUCAUCACUGGCUGGAAUCUCAUCUUAUCCUACGUGAUCGGUACUUCAAGUGUUGCGAGAGCAUGGAGUGGCACCUUUGAUGAACUUCUUAACAAACAGAUCGGACAGUUUUUCCGAACAUACUUCAAAAUGAAUUAUACCGGUCUUGCAGAGUAUCCAGACUUUUUUGCUGUGUGCCUUAUAUUACUUCUAGCAGGACUUUUAUCUUUUGGAGUAAAGGAAUCUGCUUGGGUGAACAAAUUCUUCACAGCCGUGAACAUCCUGGUCCUUCUCUUUGUGAUGGUUGCUGGCUUUGUGAAAGGAAGUGUGGCUAACUGGAGGAUUAGCGAAGAGUUUCUCAAAAAUGUAUCAGCAAGUGCCAGAGAGCCACCUUCUGAAAAUGGCACAAGUCUCUAUGGGGCUGGUGGCUUUAUGCCUUACGGCUUUGCAGGAACCUUGGCUGGUGCUGCAACUUGCUUUUAUGCCUUUGUGGGAUUUGAUUGCAUCGCAACAACUGGUGAGGAAGUGCGGAAUCCCCAGAAAGCUAUUCCCAUUGGAAUUGUGACUUCUCUGCUUGUCUGUUUUAUGGCCUAUUUUGGGGUCUCUGCAGCCUUGACCCUCAUGAUGCCAUACUACCUCCUGGAUGAAAAAAGCCCCCUUCCCGUGGCAUUUGAGUAUGUUGGAUGGGGCCCUGCCAAAUACAUCGUUGCUGCAGGCUCCCUCUGUGCGUUGUCAACAAGUCUUCUUGGAUCCAUUUUCCCAAUGCCUCGUGUAAUCUAUGCUAUGGCGGAGGAUGGGUUGCUUUUCAAAUGUCUAGCUCAAAUCAAUUCCAAAACGAAGACACCAAUCAUUGCUACUUUAUCAUCGGGUGCAGUGGCAGCUGUGAUGGCGUUUCUUUUUGACCUGAAGGCUCUUGUGGACAUGAUGUCCAUUGGCACACUAAUGGCCUACUCUCUGGUCGCAGCCUGUGUGCUCAUACUCAGGUACCAGCCUGGCUUAUGUUACGAGCAGCCCAAAUACUCUCCUGAGAACGAAGGUCUGGGAUCAUGUGCCAGCGCAGCCUCAAAAAGCGAGUCUCAGGUCACCAUGCUGCAAAGACACGGCUUCAGCCUGCGGACUCUCUACAGUCCCUCUGCUCUGCCCACGCGACAGUCCGCAUCUCUCGUGAGCUUUCUGGUUGGAUUCCUGGCUUUUCUCGUUUUGGGCCUGAGUAUUCUGACCACUUACGGAGUGCGUGCCAUCGCGGGGCUGGAAGCCUGGAGCCUUGCUCUUCUUGUGCUGUUUCUUGUUCUCUGUAUCACCGUCAUUCUCACCAUUUGGAAGCAGCCCCAGAACCAGCAGAAAGUAGCCUUUAUGGUCCCCUUCUUGCCGUUUUUGCCAGCAUUCAGCAUCCUGGUGAACAUAUACUUGAUGGUCCAGCUGAGUGCAGACACUUGGGUCCGAUUUAGCAUUUGGAUGGCUCUUGGUUUCCUGAUUUAUUUUGCUUAUGGCAUUCGUCACAGCCUGGAGGGAAAUCCAAGAGAUGAAGAUGAUGAUGAGGAUGCUUAUUCAGACAACAUGAAUGCAGCCAUAGAAGAAAAAUCUGCAAUUCGAGCAAAUGACCAUCACCAAGGAAAACUCAGUUUACCUUUCAUAUUCCAUGAAAAGACGAGUGAAUGCUAAAUGAUCAUUGGAGCAGAGAUGGCCCAGUCUUAACAUGCGUGCCCUACAUUGAGUAAACCAUGACAGGAUGUUAUCACAUUGUGCCGUCAUGGGUUUGCUGCAAACAUAGUUCCCCUAAUUUAUACUUACUCAUCUGAAUAGAAUAGCAUCUCUUCAGAUGGUAAAUUGAGUUCUGGGGAAACCCUCUGAGCCCUCUUCUCAGUGAUGGAAUAGCUCCAAAAAUAAUGGGAAUGUGUAGGAGUGUGUGUGUAUGUGUUUGGGAACAUGAACUUCAAAAGUUAGUUGGUAUUUUACUACUAUUCUGUUAUAUUUUCCCAGUGUUGUCAUUGUUUGGUGAUAGAUACUGCACAUACUGAAAUAGAAGCAAAUCACUGAAUAGAAAGGAUUUUUGUGUGUACCCCAUGUGGUUGGGAAAGAAUCCUUGCUUCUCCUUAUUAGGCCUUAAGAAUGUCCACUUAGAGCAUGCUAAAAAUGAGUUCCCCCUCCUGGUGUCUGUCACCUGUCAGGGGUAGGAGGAGGGGAUGGAAAUGAGCCUUUUCUGUAAAUAAAUGCCAGCCGUGGGCUCCGUAUGCAGUUGUUUCCUAUGAGGUGUGACAGUUUGCUACGACUUUAGGGGUGUCGGCUUCUGCUGUACCACACAGGAUAGGAGCAUCACUCUGUGUUACUUGCUGGCGUCUCUCUGAACUCUUCUGUGAGAGCAGUGGCCCUUAGAUACGUGGCCUUCACCUGCUGGGAGUGAUGUACUCCUGCCAGCCCCACAGGGCUUGAGAGAGGAACUGAUUUAUUGAGACCUUUAAGCUAGAAAGUAAAGGGGCCUCCAAAGUUGAGAACUCAUUUAAGUGGUGGUGAUGUAGGUGUGUUUGGAGAUCAGAGAGUGAGAUACUUGGGUACAUGGAUACCAAGCAUCCUGUUUUAAAAAGUCACUCAAAAUAAGCCAGUUCAGUCUGCCCUGUUCACACAGUUGGUGGAAUGAUUCAUACUUUUUCCAUUACUUAGUAACUCAUCACUGUGUAGUUUUUUGACCUCAUUAGUCACAGAAUUCACUCCUUUGUUUCUGAUCUUAUUUUUCUUGUCCUAGCUUUAAGAGACACAAAAGAGGCCAAGACGGAGGGAUUGUAAGAAGAGAAAAUCCCCUAUUCUGGUAUCAAAGUGCCUGUUCAGAUGUUAAAAGGCCUUUGGCCUACUUUAAAAAGGGUUUGGCUCUAAUUUGCUUCAGGUGUUUCUUUUGGAAACGUUUAGGGAUGUUUUUUCUCCCUCAUCCCAAAAAUUGUUUAGCACUUUGUAUUUCAUUUGCUUUUAAAUGGCCAUUCUAAAUUUAUUAAUGUUAGCACCAGUAUUAUACAGUAACCCAUCAAUGACUAGGGAAUAAUAAAAUAUUUUUCUUAAAAACAUGAUUAUUUAAAACUUCAAGCUAAAAACAUAAUGAAAUCUAUAUAAACCCAGUAAUUCUUGUAUAUGAGUAAAUAAAGUUUAAUAUGUAAGAUUCUAUAGUUGCUAUAUUUUACUAUGGAGUUCUCUCUAAUAGCAAAUUGUUUAUCUUUAUUGUGUUUUGCUUCUAGUGAGUUUGUUUUUGUUCUUUAGGUGAGACUAGUGGUAAGGCACUUAGAUGUGACAUUCCCAGAAUAGGAUACCGUGGUGAAUGCUACCAGACUGGGUGACCUGUGUAAUCCAAAGGCAAGGAAGACAUUUGCUACUAGUACUUCUAAGAGAUUGGUUAUUUUGUUGAUGCAUUAAAAAGCAGGUUGCGAUUGUUUUGUGCAGCCAAAAGUUUAUGGUGACUAAAUGUCAAAUCAACAGGUGGAAAGCCUGGGUUUCUGGCUACUCACGUUGCAGCAUCCCUGGAACAGAACUUAAUGCUUACAUUCCAGUUUCCAGGGUGCACAAGGUAAAACCUGAAGCCCAGAAUUCUCAUUCAAGCUGCUUGAUUUACAGGAGAGAGAAGAGUUGGAUGAGCAUGGGGUGAAAUAUUUGUGUGAAGACUGUAGGCAUGACCAUAAAUCCCUGCUGCUCCAGCAGUGCUCUGAGGACCCCUCUGAGUCUCUAAUCGGCCUAGGAAACGUUUCCCUCACCCAGGAAACAUAAGAUUUCGUAUAUGAAUGUUUAAAUAUUUUACUGUAACAAAAUCAAGGCAUUUCUUUAGAACAUGAUAGGCAGCUAACAACAGAUAUGCCCACUGUGUUCAAUUAGCAUAAUUUUGUUAAAAAUUGUUUUCCACCUUGAAAAUACUUGUUUCCUUGUUUCCACUUUGGAAACACAAAUAGCUAUGAAAAGAUGCUGUGUCAGUCAGUGUGUUCCUCUGGUCUGUGAAGACCCACAAGGAUGUGUGUAUCUAUGUGUGUAAUCACAUUUACAUGUGCAGUGUGAACGUAUAUAGCUAUGUAUGUAAUAUGUGCAUGUAUUUCAAAUGUCUGUGUAAGGAAGUUGGGUUGAUGAUGGGCUUUGGAUAUAUCAUUAUGUAGAUAAGAAAAAAACCCAACUGAUAUGGAAGAAAAUCAAUGUUUUAUAUUGGUAGAUAUGCUGAUACAAGAUUUUUAGGUUUAAAACUAUUUUAAAACAUACAAUUUUAUAUGUGUAUUUUCUAUAGAUUCUUUAAGAAAUAUUUAUCAUGUUUCUACUAUGAAAUCACUAAACUCUAAUACAUUGUAACAGGUGCCUUAUAUUUAAUGGAGCAAGGAUAGUGGGCAGAAGGCCAUUCCUGCCCACUUGUUUCCAUUGUACCUUUUCUGACACACCUGUCCAGUUAUAUGUUUGUUGGUAAAAGCCAGAACUCCCAUUUGGAUCUGUAACCCUUUGAACAAAAUUUUGUUUUAUUUUCUUUAAUUCCCAAAAUAUUUUGUAUGGCUUUGAUUAGUCAGUCACACUUUUAUAUAAAGUCUUCUCCAUAAAUUAAAAAAUACAUAUAUGCUUUUAUUUAGUUGUAAUUGAGUAAAAGCAGUUUGAGUUGCCUUUUUCUUUUACACUGAGAAAUGUGCCACUAUUUUGAGUGAGAAAUUCUCAUAAUAAUAGCACCUUAGUUUACUCUUUAAAAAAAAAACUGUAAAUCACCAUAAAAGGCAAUGCCAAUCCUACAUUUAAAAGAGGGUGGCUGGGAAUGGCACUGUGAGCUGUGGCAUAGCAGGUUAAGCCACUGCCUGUGACGCUAGCUUCCCAAAUAGGCAUCAGCUCAGGUCCUGGCUGCUCUGCUUCCCAUCCAACUCCCUGCUAAUGUGUCUGGGAAGGCAGCAGAGGAUGGCCGAAGUCCCUUGCCCAUGCACCCACGAGGGAGACCCGGAUGAAGCUCCUGGCUUCAGCCUGGCCCAGCCCUUACCAUUGCAGCCAUCUGGGGAGUGAACCUGCGGGUAGAAGAUUCUUUCUCUCUCUCUCUCUCUCUCUCUCUCUCUCUCUCUCUCUCUCUGUGUGUGUGUGUGUGUGUCUGUGUCUGUGUCUGUGUCUGUGUCUCCCUUUCUCUGUAGCUCUGCUUUUCAAAUAAAUAAUCUUAAAGGGGAGGGGGUAGCUGUGCAAACUCAAGAAUCAAAACUAUUCCUGGCAAAAAUUUGUAUUAGAACCUUUGAUCUACAUUAAAACACAGGUUUUUUGUUUGUUUCUUUGUUCAAUCACAUUUUCCCCAGAGGUGAACAUCAAGAAAACUAAGAUAAAUACAGCAGUUGCGAUAUGAGUACUUUUUUUUAAACUUCUUUAACAGUUGUCAAAAUAUUUUCUAAGCCUUGAGAGUUGACAGGCUAUUGUUAAAUUAUUCUUUAAUAAAACACUCUGAAUUAGAAUUUGUUUUUACCAAAUUAUUUUCUAAGUGUAUGUGAAUGCUUAUUAAUAGGGAGAAUAAGGAAAUAAUAAUCACCCUCAGUACCGAUGGUGACAAAGAAAGCUGUUGAGCCUUCUCUCCUAAUCAAGGCAUAGUCCAAGAUUAUGAAAUACAGGAAGUUGUGCCAAUGUUCCGAUUGUUCCUUCCUGUGAUGUUGCUCAUGGUUUCUCCUGUGCUUCAGUCGACUGUCAGUUAACACCUGCAACACAACUUCUGCAGUACUUCAAACACUGGGUUUAGAGUGCACAUCAUGGAUUUCAGAACACAAGAUUUGUGUGAUGUCGGGAGAUGGCAGGUGAAAUUGUUCUUCUUUGCUAGUGCCAGCACAGUGCCUUCUCUAUUCUUUCUCCACCUUAUAAGAUUCUCUGAUAACGUCCUUCAACAGUAAGGGGGACAGUACUGAUGCUUAUUGUUCAUUUAAUACCAGCUAAGUCAUUCUUUACUCAAGUACAUGUGAAAAUGAGGCUUGACUUGGUUGUUUGUUUUUGUUGUUCAUUGCAUAAUUAUAUUUAAACGCCUUAGAGUAUCUUUAUGGUUUCUGGAUUUUAGAGGCCUGAUCUGUUAGUGUGAUUGUUGGUUUUUGUAAUGCUCAUUAUCAUUAGUAUGUAUACAGUUUAGUCUCAUUGAUUUCAGAUACAUUUUGUUAAGGCUCAACCCAGUUGGUAGUGCUGUUUGCUGGGAGCAUUGUGCUUAGCUUUUAUUCACCAUGGCUGAAGCUGCUGCCAAACCUCUGGGCCUUCAAGAGCCUUUCCUGAUUCCUGUCAGCCCUGUGAAGACCCUAACCAGGACCCCAGACUGGUUCCAGGGCCAGGCAGCCUGUGAUGGGAAAGCAUCUGUAGCUGUCCCUGUUGGGUGGAAUCUUAGGAUGAUGGGGUAGGGUGCUGAGUGAAAGACUUCAAAUGAGUGUAAGGUAGUUUGGGGUUCUUAAUUUCAGGUCUGAAGUAAGGACCAGGGAACUCAAUGACUCAUGGAAGGGAUGGGUAGCUAGCUGCCUCCUGGAACUGGCAUGGCAGGGGCAGGCCUGCUGCAGUCCUGUGUGUGCACUGGUGUGGUGCAAGUGGCAUGGCCAAGACACAGGUGGUAAAGAGCCUUGUUUUGCCAAUGUGGUGGGUUUCUCUGGCCUACACCUGGUUAAUGGGCUCUUCAUCCCUCAUGUCCACAAUCACUUUGUUCUUGAGCAUAAUAGAAACUGUUGAUAGAUCCUAAACCCUAUAGAAAUUCUGUGUCCCUAAAAACCAACAAAUAUAUUGGGCUUGUGCAAAUACAAAGAUUUUUUGUUUAUUAAGUAAUUUUGAAUUUAAAUGUUUUUAAUGAUAAUCAUUGUUUCUACUUCUAAGGUUGGAUUAUUUUUUAGAAUUUGUAAUAAAAACUGUUGCUGCUUUACUACUGUAAAACAUGCUUUCUAAUCUGACCAUGUAUUUUUUAAAAUAAACUUUAAUAUGA